AUGGGAGAAAGAACGCAGACGCGUUCAUCAUCUCCACAAACAGGUCAUACGUCCCAAUCCAGUUCCAGCUCAAACUCCUCAUCUAGCUCAGACAACAACAACCAAGCGCUCUCACCUAAUUCCCAUACCGCAUCCAAGUCGAAUUAUACACACCCCGAUUCGCCUUCUGCAAGCUUAUUGUUGAGAACAGCGGAAACGCUUGAUGGAUUAGCUAAACAGCUUGGUCAUAUCAAAGAUGAUUCAGAGGGGAUGUCAGGUGAAGGUGGUGAAGUAAGGUGUUGUUGUGGUAAUUCACCUUCCACAGGGAACACAUGUAAGACAUUGAGAGAAAGAGAGAGAAUGGAAGACAAACUUAAACUCAGUGGUGAAAUCGGAAAUGCAUUAUUACAAAGAUAUGAAGUCUUGGAACGUAAAUAUCAACGCGAAGUUGAUAAGUAUGAAAACCAACUGGAAGUAAAACGAAAUGCUCUAGUCGAAAGCGUGCGAAAAGUCAAUAAUUUGGAAAAAGCCAAUACACAACAUCUACAGAAAUACGCAGAAGUCUCGAAGAAGUAUGAAGGGUUAGAAAAGCGUUAUACACAAGCUAUGCACACCCAAACCCUCACUCAACAAUCACUAACUCACGUUCGAGCUGAAUUGACCACGCUUCGAGCUACAUCAGCGAGGCAGAAGGUUGCGUUGGCAAGUGGAGUUGGUGUAGAGGAGAGACUAGCCGAGGCCGAGAAAAGAUAUGAAGACGCUAGGGAUUUAGCUGAGAACGAGACUAGGAAAGCUAGAGAUGAAGUUCGGAAAAGGAAAAGAGCUGAAGCUAGGAUCGAGGUAUUGGAACAUCAGGUCAAAACAGCUGGCAAAGACGUCGAGGAGAUCAAAGAAGCAAGAGCUAAAGAUGCUCAAGAUUUAUUAGCAAAUGCCAAAGAGAGAUUGAGUGUCUUACACACCGAGCUCUCCGAAACAUUCCGCACUGAAUCACCGUCCGAUAUGCCUGAAUAUCAGAAGACUUUGGAAAAUCUAGUCGCCGCGAACACAUUAUUAAAGCAUGAUGUCGCUGAAUUAACCCAUUCCCUGUCGGAAAGUCGAGACGAAUCUCGAUCUCUCAAAGAAGAAGUGGAAGAGCUUCGAGCUUCGAUCGGUACUGUAGGUCGAAUGUCUCCCUUUGGACGACCACCAACAUAUCUCGCCUCAGAAAUCGGAUCUGGUCACUCCCUUCAUUCGAGAACGGAAUCAAGUCCUGUUGUAUCCCUCGGACACGGGGAGAGAGGUUCAUGGCAGAGAAUGAGUGUUACUUCAUCAAGUAGGACGGGCGGGAUGAGCUCUUGGGAGCAUCAUAGGAAGAUGUCAAUGGCUGCUUCAUUCACUUCCACGUCCACUGCAGACGGUCUCAUCUCUCCUGGUUUAGGCAUGGGGCAGAUAGGAGAAUUCGGUGGUGUACUGCUCAAUGAAGAUGGCUCCAGAGUAGGAGCGCUGAGUCCCCCGCCUAUAACCGGGAGGGAAAGUCCGAAAUUCAGAACUUCGCCGAAUGGUGGAAUUGGAUAUGUCCUUAAUGGUGUACCGAAGGUCAAACCUGGCCAUGUUAGACCGUCUUUAGCAAGGAGUUUUAGUACCAAUACCGAUCGCAGAGCGCGGGGAUCGUAUGCUUCUCAAGGCAUCGGACCUAUCGCAGAGUGGUCAGCGGGCGAAGAUGGAUCCGGACAGACGGAGGAACCUCCUUCGCCAGGGACUGAUUACUUCCGGAUGGCGGAAAAGAAUCGCAAAAGACGAUCCUUGAUGACGGCGAGGCGAUCACCAAUGUCCCCCAACGAGUCGACAGAAUAUUCUCCCGAAGCAAGCACUACUUUGGCUGAAAACUCUACCACAGGUUAUCCCUCCCCGAUGUCAGACUCUGCACUCACCAGUCCCAAACGGGCUAAGAGGAAGACAUUGCUCCUUCUCACCAGGUCACAAGGCGUACAAACGGAUCCUAUCGAACAUUCUACGACACCCCACCUCGGCUCUGAAUCCUUCGACGCUUACGGUGGAAAUCCAAAUCCCGCUACAGGAAUGGUCUCUACGUCAACCGGUACUUCACCCAUCCCACAAACCGAAGAUCACUCUGAAACCUCCUCUAUACAUGACAACCGAGCUAGUAUCUUGCUCGUCUUGAUCGAGCAUAUGAGCAGAAUACUGGCUAGACUUAGAGAUGCCGAUGUCCCUACUCUCAAUAAACGAUUGAAGAAGCAUAACCUUCCGGGAGAUGUUGGUCAUCUCUCUCAGAGCACCAUGCGCGCUUUACAGCUAGAGGUAGCGGAUUUGCGUAACCAAUUUAGAGGCGUCCAAAAUCUGAGUGGUAUAGACAGAAAAGAUUUCAAUCUACUUCUACGGCUCUUCAAGGAUGUCUUCACGGAUUUGGUAGAUCUACAAGCGAUAGUGAACGAUGUGACGAUCAAUCCAUCAUUAGGGAAGAAACUCCAAAAAGCCGCUUUCAAGGAUGAAGAAGAUGAAGCUACUCGACAAGCUAAACAAGCUUCUGGAUUAGGAUGGAUAGCUGCUCCGAUCACGAAAUUCUUUGUUACUCCAGCUGAGCACGGAGAACAUGAUAACAACCCGCCAUCAAGGAAAGGCAAUGAAAGGGGUAGACUACAACCUAUGCCAGUCAAAGCUGCACCUAAACAACAAGCUACUGCUAGCGCUACGACCACUCACGUUAGUGUCGAGUUUGGAGGCACCGGUAUCGUCAGAAGGGCCACUCCAGCUGUGAAUGCUGCAGGGUCCAGUGGGGUGAUGGAUACAUUACCUUCCUCCCCUUCUCCCGGUGACGAUUACGUGCAAAAGGACCGUACAGUCUCGCCAGCGACAGGAUCGGAGAGCUCUCUUCUUCCGCCAUCACUGCAGACCGUGCGGAGGACCAAAUCUCGUGCAAAUAGGAACGAACUACUAGGUAUUUUCGCUGGAGCUCAAAAGCCAACGAUUCCUACGGGAGGAGAAAGUUCAUCCAUCCCGGGGAUGGGUCCUCCCUCACAAUCGAAUGCAGUUGGUGGAAAAACACUAAGAUCAGUUAGUUCGCAUAACUUCGGGGAGAAAACUGUAAGGGCACCACGCCAAAUCAACGAACGCGCAAAGAUAUCCUCGAUUGUGGAUGCUAUGAUCGACCCCGGCCACUCCAGUGCCCAGGCUGAGGACGAUAGUGCGUUGAUCAAUGGAUCUUACGAUCCUCAACCUCCUUUACUGGAACGAGCUCUGCGCCCGAGAGGUCUAUCAGAUUCAAGUAUAAGAUCGACUUUUGUCUCUCAAUCGAAUGAUUUGAACCAACCAGAACCUGCUUCGGGACCAAUAGGAAGAGCUCCUGCAUACACUGCUAAUAGUGGUGGUGUAGGCGUACUGCAAAGUCUCUCGAAAAGAUGGUAUGAUUUCAGAAGUUCAAAUGAGGUCACUCCUAUAAACCCAGACGGAAGAAUACCAUCUGCAUCUGGAACGGAGACUUCCACUGUCAGCGGAGUAGGAAAGGUGGAGAUUAGACCAAUAUUUGGAUCAUCUUCGUCUAGAACAAGCUCGAUAUCGACAACUUCUUCUUUGAUACACAGAGCUACUUCUCCAACCUCGAAGAGUAGUAUAGUAUCUCCUGCGACCGCAUCAUCGACUCAAACUGGCUUGUUCGGUAUUAUAGCGUCUUCAUUGGUUGGCACUGGAGCCGGAGAUGGAGAUGUCGGUGAAGAUGAAGAUGAACUGGUUGGCGCUAGUUUGAGACAGGGUGCUUUGGUAGGAAGAGGCAAGAGUUGGAGAUGA